AUGACCACAAUGCGUGAUUUGAAUUCAACUGACUGGAAUAUGUUCUAUCCACGGUUUGAUAUUAUUUUGCCCGCUGUUUACGUUUUCAUAACUAUUGCGGGCGUCAUCGGGAAUGGGUUUGUAUUGAUGAUCUUACUCCGAAGCACAAAGAACCGGUGCAUCCCCGAUGUAUUCAUCAUCAACCUGGCCGUUGCUGAUCUAUUAUUUGUUUUAACACUACCAUUUUUCGCUUACGUCUAUGCCGCCGGCAGCUGGAUUUUCGGUAGGAUUUUGUGUAAAGUCAUCGUUGGGUUUGAUGGGAUGAACCAGUUUACAGGUAUUCUGAUAUUGACGGCGAUGAGCAUUGAUCGCUAUUUCGUCAUAGCCCGUCCAAUUCGCAGUAAAGCUUAUCGUACAAUCAGCAAAGCGCGGGUGACUAGUGUGCUUGUGUGGGUAACCUCUUUUCUGUGCAGUUUACCGCUGUGGACAUACGCUGAACUGAACACUGAACCGAACGGUGUGAUCGUGUGCCAAGUCAUGUGGCCGAAUCCGCAAGCGAACGCCCUGUCGUUUCUAUUAUUUGCGUUCAUCGUUGGGUUCGUUUUACCAGUAACAGCAAUACUUACUUUCUACUGGGCUAUUUUAAAUCACGUGUUCGAAAGGAAAAGUAAACAGAUAUAUGACAACAGUCGAGCUCGCUCGGCCCAGUGCCGAUACCAACGAGUUGUCAAUCUAGUGAGGGCUGUUGUCUGUGCAUUCAUCAUAUGUUGGCUCCCCUUUUAUAUAAUGAAUUUCAUCACGCUCACCGUACCGGAUACAGACAAAGGUUCUGGCACUCUGAAUAAGGCGCUGGUGACCUUAUACAUCACAAGUAUCUGCCUGAGUUACUUCAACAGCUGUCUGAAUCCUAUAAUUUAUUCAUUUCUUGGUUCAUCCUUCAGGUUAAGACUGAAAAGAAUCGUGCGGCGACGGCGUUCUCUACAAAACGAAACACGUAUAACCAAUUCAUUCGGUAGCUCUCGCAACCGCCAGCAGUGUCAACAAAUUGACUCGACGUAUAACUGA